AUGUCCUUCUUUGUUGAAUUAUGGGAGUCUGUUUUCACUCCUGGUACUACACCAGCUUUGAUCAAAGCUACACAUGCAUCGUUCAUUAUGUUAAUCAUUUCGCUAUUGUCUUUAAUAUAUCUUACUAGGUCUAUUCAUUUCAUCAAUUUACUUGUGAUAGCGCUCAUGCUUUAUGGGUCAGUCAUAUGGUUUAUUAAUGAGCUCAAUCAGGCUAAGUUGAAGGACAAUUCAGCCUUGGAAAAGGAGGAUGGAUCUGUUGAGAUAGAAGGUGCCAAAAAUGAGACUGAUGAAAAACCGGUAGAAGCUAAGUCGACUGGUGCUUUUAAAGAUAUGUCAAAGCCAAUUCCAGUUAAAAAAAGAAAAGCGUAA